AUGGAAAUCAACGAAAUAGUCAACUUUCAACCAGGCACGGCUGAGAGUGAUCAACUACAUCGCUCUUCAAUUUCCAAUGAAAACAAUGAGAGUUAUGAUGAGAGCUCUGAUAAUUCAGACUCCUCUCAAAACCAAACCUAUCCUUUAUCAAGUUAUUGUGAAACCAAAGAUUUUAACGUCAUGGGUUUUGAAAAAAAUCCAGAGGUUCUAAACCUUUCAGUUUUCAAAACCAUAAGAUCAAAACGACCAAAAACUGCAAAAGACUUUAGAACAAAAAAACCUGGUUCUACGCGUGAAAAGAUUUUAAGUCUUCCUGCUCCAGGAAACUUUAUUCCUCUAACAAGAUCUUUUGAACAAGAAGAAAGUCAAGAAGCUAAAGUGCUUUGUGAACAGCCACCUCAGGGUUUAACAGCAGAUCAAGCAUCAACCUAUUACUUUUCUAAAAUUCUUUCCAAUGAAUCAUUCAAUAUCUUAGUUCAUUAUACUAAUAACUUUGCUGCAGCUAAUACCAAACCUGAUGAAUGGACACCGGUAACAAGGGGAGAAAUGAAAAUUUGGCUUGGCAUACUCAUCUAUAUGGGUAAUUUCAAUAUCAGCAACAGACGAUUAUUUUGGAAUUCUUCAAAAGAAAUGCCAUUACAUGAAAUGCGCGAGUAUAUGACAUAUGAUCGCUUUGAAGAAAUCUAUAAAUAUUUCCACAUUAGUGAUUAUUCAGAUUUUUUCCCUUGUGACAAUGAUGAUAGAAAAGAUUUCACUCAUAAUGAUCAGCUUGCUAUUCAAAGUGGAGCUGGUUCUUCAACAACUUGGGAAAAGUUUACACUGUUUGCCAGAGUUAUUAAAGAAAAUUCUCAAGCAGUUUUCCUUCCAGGUAAAAAUAUGAAUAUCGAUGAAAUGACAAUAGGAUUUAAAGGUCGAUCUCCUUUCUCUCAUUCAGACAACAAGUCUGGAUCACUCAAGAAGAGCUAUCGAACCGUCUCCCUCUGUCAUAAAGGAUAUACAUAUGAUUUUCUUUUCCAAUCUUCAGCUUCAGGGUUGCAAGGUGUUCCAGUUAGAGCCAACGAUGAAACGCAUUCCUUUUCUCCCACAUCUCGUGGUCUUUAUCAAAUGAUUUGUUCCUUACCUUUCCGCAAACACUUUUUUGUUAUUUACAUGGACCACACAUUUACCAACAGCGAACUUUUUGGCACUUUACGCAAGCUCGGAAUUGGAGCAAUGGGAACAGUUAGAUCAUCAAGCAAAAACUUUCCAGAAGAAAUUGAUGUUGAUAAACGAGAGGCAGGGAAAGUUUUAAAAUGGAACCACAUGAUUGGCAAGAUAGUAAAGCAAAAAGUUCCUGAGAUUACACGAGCCCCUGGAAGUCCCACCACAGGUGAAAAGCGUUCAGCUGAUCAAUCCAAAACUACUGAACAUGAGAUCAAUACUCUUGGUUGGAACGAUAAUAAUUUGGUAUAUCUCAUGACCACUGUCCAUGAGGCCAAUCAAAAUGACAAGGAUCCUAGAACUUAUAUUGUUCGCAAUCGCAAGAGGCCAACCUCAAAAAACUUUGAUUACGAUGUUCCUGUAGGAAGAAUAGCAAGUUUACCUGUUCCUAUUGUCAUGGAUGACUACGAUCAAGUAAUGAAGUCUGUUGGUAUUUUUGAUAUGUUGCGGUCAAACUAUUAUGUUUCUUCCAAGACAAGUCAAAAAUGGUUGCCUUUAUUUUUUUGGUUGUUGGAUACAUCUAUCAUUAACAGUUAUGUUUUAUUCAUUACCCAAAACCCUACAAAGAAUAAACAAAAUAUUCGAUUUAAUUACCGGUUCAAUCUUUCACAAGGGUUGCUGGAUCAAGGCAGAGCCGAAAUGGAACAAGAAGUUAGAGUUCCACUUGGCCAAAAUAUGCGCGACUUAAAGCUGUACAUUGGUGCCAAUACUCAAAGAAACUCAUUGCGGUUGACUCCAGGAGAUCAUAGCUUAGUGCCUAUGCCAUCCGGAAGACGGCCAUUUUGCGCAGAGUGCCGUUAUUCAAAGCACGAAAAACCUAAUGUUAACAUUAAGCGGACAAGUCAUUGGUGCAAGAUAUGCGAAGUACCUCUUUGCAAAGACUGUUCGUGUUACUAUCAUUCACUUUCCUAA